AUGUCUCUACCAAAACACACCACCCCGUCCCCCCUCUCCUCCUCCCCAUCCAAACAAUCCAUCCGCCGCAUCUCAGCCAACCACAACCACAACCACCUCCCGACCUCCCGACCCCAAAGCAUCAUCGACCGACCGCCAACCGCGCAACAACACCACCUCGAAAACAUCCCCGACCCAUCGCCACCACCACCACCACCACCAGCAGCCACGAUCCCCCCGGCCCCCCUCACCGACCAACCCACACUCCCACCAACGUCAACGUCCGCCUUCCAACCCUUCUUCACCCUCAUCGAAGACGCCAACACCUCCGAAUACCACCACCCAACCGUCCACUAUAUCUUCGCCGACGACGACACCGACAUCGUCACCGAAGCCACCCUCCGCGCGCUGGAGAGCGAAUCCGAUCCGACCCUCGCCUACAAUCCCAAUACCCGAAAGGGCCACAACAACAACAAGACCCGAUCGCGUCGACCGCAGCAGCAACAACAACAACAACAAGAAGAAGAAGGGGCACAAAACACCUACGAAGAUGAAGAGAAAGGACCCUCCCUACUACCGGAUUCCAUUCCAGGGGUGCGCGAGCACUACGUGAUUCUCGACGUGGACUAUGCGUCACCCGGUGGUUUGGGGACGGAGGAGAUGAAAGAGCAAUCCGGGAAUACUACUGCUGCUACUGCUGGCGGGGAGGUACUAGCGUCGUCGUCGUCGCCGCCGCCGCCGCCGCAGCAGGAGCCGCAUCACGGUGCCUCAAGGGGUGGUGACGCUAAGUCGAUGGUGGUGACUUCGGCGCAUAGUCUGUCGCCGGCGUGGCAGGUGCUCGAUACGCAGCUGGGGCCGGCGCCGACGUUCGAGAAUAAUACGAAUAAUACGCAGUCGCAGGGGCAGGGGCAGGGACAUUCGGCGAACGGGGCACUGAUGUUGAAGAUCCGGGGCACCGCGGGGUUGCCGAUCAAUAACCUGCUGGGCAAGGAGAGGGAUAAGGAGCGGGGCUGUCAGCGGUUGGAGGAGAUGAUGGAUCAGUUCGCGAAGCGGUUGGCGGAGCUGCGGUUGGUGAUUGAGGCGGGCGGGCUGGGGGAGCACAUCGAGGAUGCGGAGGUGGAG